CUAGCUCUUGUGUGUUUUCAGCGCGUUUUCCAUUCUUUGAUCCCAUAAAAACAAGCGGCAAAAAGCAGGAAAAUCCUUAGCAGAAUGCCCGCCGGCCUGGUGAAAACACCGAUCAAUGGAAAAGCAAAGGAAAGUGUACAAAAGUCCGCGGAGCGUACGACCAGCAAUGGCAAGAAGUUCGUGCAGACGCGUCUGCCGUUUAAGAUGAUUACGCCCAGCGGAGCACCCACCCCCGCUGCGGCCUCCACCUCUGGUGGCGAGCCUGGUGCAGUGGUGAACCUGGAUGAAGAUGAUCCGCCGGCGACAAGGGAGCCGCGCAAGCGGAAGCUAUCCUUUGACGACGAGACGCCGCCACAAGAGGGCACUGGCUGCUCUACGGAGAACGAGCUGUUGCGUCGCUCCAACAGCAAGGAGAACCUGAACUUGAGCGCCGCCGUGGCCACCAAGAAGGCCAAGACCACGGAAGAUGUGGAGGAUCUGGUUAUCGAGCUAAAGGACGAUGACGAUGAUGAGGACGAGGACGAGGACGAGAAAGCGGUAGUGGAAGUGCCGGCUGCGCCACCUAAAAAGCCCAAGGCAGCUAAGGAAACGUCUGCGAAGACUUCAAAGGCCGCCAAGACGGCGUCCAAGGAGAAGUCAGAGGGCAAGGUCAAGGAGAAGGGCUCUCCGGCUCCCAUACAAAUCAAGUGGCCAUUGGCAAACAAGCGGCCCAAGCGUAGGAAGUCGCUCAAGAAGGCCGAGGAUGCCGCCGUAGACGCUUCGCCAAAGGAUGCGGACAAGGUGGGCGGCGAGUCCAGCGAUGAUAUCGAGACCAUUGCCGAGGAGUUGAAUCCCCAGAAGAAGCCGAAGGUUGUAGAGCCAGAAAAGGACGAGAAGAGUCAGAAAGACGAUCAGGAGGCUGUGGAGCAAGUGGCUGCGGAUGUGGACAAGCACGAGGAGGACAAGAAAAAGAAGGAGAAGGAUCAGUCGCCAAAAGAAACCAAGAAGGCAGAGUCCACUGUCAGUCAGGAAGCUUUACAGAAGGAGAAGAAACUGAAUAAAGAGGCAAUUGCCGAGGCCGACAUCUCGGUAAUCCUCUCCAGCAGCGAGGACCAAAACUCCAGCAGUGAUCACGAGAUGGAUGUGGACACGGAGGCCGCAGAGAAGGCCAAUGCCCCAUUGAGAAAGAGCCUCCCAGAGUCCACCAUCGAUGCCCAGAAGACACUCACGCCCAAGCAGCAGCGUCUCCUCGAGCGGCGGCGAAAGGCCCGCGAGGAGAAGGAGCAGAAGCUGGCCGAGGAGCGUCGCCUCAAGCAGCAGGAGAAGGAGCACAAGGAGCAGCAGCGCAAGCUGGAGAGGGAGGAGAAGGAGCAGCAGCGCAAGCAGGAGAGGGAGGAGAAGGAGCAGCUGAAGAAGGUGGAAAGGGAGGAGAAGGAGCGCAAGCGGCAGGCGGAGGUGGACUCCAAGAACGAGGAGAAGCGCAAGCGCAACGAGGCCAAGGAGGAGGUGCAGCGCAAGAAGGACGAGGAGCGUCGCAAAAAAGAGCUGGAGCGUGAGGAGGCAGAGCAGAAGAAGAAGCGCGCAGCCGAAUCCUUCACCAAAUUCUUUGUGCCCAAGCAGCCGAAAUCUGGUGGCAAUACCAAUGCCACCUCCUGCCUGGAGCACGAACAGUCCAGCUGCGACAGCACCAAGGCCAGCAGUCAGACCCUGGCCUUUCGCCCCUUUCAGAUCAAGGAUGACAUGCUGCUGGCCCCCGUCACGCGUGCCUCCAUGUGCCACGAGCAUCGCUCCCAGCUGGAUGGGCUCUUCAGGGCGGCUGACCACCAGGAUGGCGAAGAUUCGGAUGCUGAGGAGGACAUCUGCCGCCGGAAGCCACCCAACCGGGCGCAUCUCUAUCUCAGUGAACUGAACAGUGGCCGCCACAAGCCGCUGAAGAUGCUGCGGGACGCGAGACUGCAAAGGUACACCAAGGAGGAGGACGACGAGGAUGUCCAAGUACUAGAUGACCUCGCCACCGCUGGCCUACCCAUUGAAGAGGAGCAGCCCAAGCAGCUGGCCAGGAUGCGUACCAAGUAUCUACACUUUGCGGACAACCGCAGGCCCCCCUACUACGGCACCUGGCGGAAGAAGAGUCAGACCAUAUCCGCCCGCCGUCCGCUGGCCCACGAUAAGGCUCACUUCGACUACGAGCUGGACUCUGACUGCGAGUGGGAGGAGGAGGAGCCGGGCGAGUCGCUGAGCGCCAGCGAGGACGAGAAGGAGGAACGCGAAUCGGAGGAGGAGUCCGAGGAGGAGUACAACGAGUGGUAUGUCCCGCACGGCCAUCUCAGCGACGAGGAGCUGCAGAACGAUGGCGACGAUGAUGGACACACGCGGGAGGCCCAGAAGGCCAAGCUGCAGGUGCUGCAGCAGGAGUUCGCCCAGGAGAUGAAGAAGCAGACGAAGAAGAUCAAGCCGCGCCUGCUGGGACCCAUCUGGCUGGACGAGAAUGGCAACCAGUCGGAGCAGCUGCCCGCCAUCUUUGCCCACACAAUCGGCAUGUAUGCCGCAUGGAGUGCCGUGGACUCCAUUAGCCUGGAGCCACCGCCCGUGCCGGACCGUGAGGAUCUGGCGCCCGAACCGCUGUUGCCGCUGCAGCUGGACGAGCGCCUGCUCCAGCAGCUGGUCCGCCUGACGCACGGCAAUCGCAACAGCAAGACAUUCCUGAUCAACGAGUAUCUGGAGUACCUGAAGACACAGACAGCGGCCGCCGGCGAAGCGAAUCGAUCGCUGCUGCCCCCCAAAUCGGUGAUCCGCGAGAAGAUCGAUGAGCUGGCCAGCUGGAAGGUUGUGGAGUCGGGCACACCCGAAGUGGCCGCCAAGAAGACCAAAAAGCCCAAGAAGCGUCUCUGCUGGAUAGUGGCCAGCGAAAUGCUGCAGAAGUUCCAUCUCCAGGAGUUGACCCUGCACAAUCAGUGGGACUAUACCCUGACGCCCAAGGUGAGCGACGGAGGAGGAGGAGGAGGAGCAGCGGAGGCGCAGCAGCACGAGCUUAGUCCUCCAGCCGAUGCCUCGCCAGUGGCCGCCGCCCAACCACCUCCUGCUACGAUCUCAGCCUCGACAACUCCCAACACAACGCCCGUGGGUAAGAGCGGACCCAAGAAGCGGGCCACCCUGCUCAUGUCUGUGCCCAGGGAUCAGCCGAUACCCUCGGCCGCCAAGAAUGCACUGAUCAGCCAGUUCUUGCGCCGCCAGACGGAGGCCAAGGAGAAGGAUAAGGAGAAACGGAUGGAGCGGGGACAGGAGCCGGAGCAGAAGCCGACGACGCCCGUUGUUGUUGUCGACGAGGAUGUGGUGAUGCUCUCGGAUUAGUCUCGAUCCCGCAACUCCCUUGUGAUGGGUCUUCCUCAUUUUAAGCAUACAUAUAUAUGUUCAGAUAAUUAAACCUUUUUUUUGUCGCUAGAUUCGCUCGUAAGUUGAUUUAAUUUUUAAUGUGUUCCGCGUGACCCCUGUCCCUUCUCCUUUCUCCUCCUCCUCCUCCUCCUCCCAGUUCCAGUCGCAGUCGGACGCGGACGCCCUUGAACCCCCUCUAUACAUGUGUAUAGUCUAAAUACAUACAUAUAUGCAAUAAUACAUUA